AUGUCUGAUAAUAACAUAGUAGGUAUAGAGUACAACAGGGUCACAAACACAUCAUCCACUGAUUUUCCCGGUCACCAAUCUUCAGGAGACUUUUCUUGGGAUAUCGAAAAGUUUAAAAAAUCAUUUGAUAUCAAGAUCACCAAUGUUAGUGAGCGUGUUGCAAACUUUGAUUUAAUCCAUAUAGACACAUCAAUAGCCAAUGCAUUCCGUCGUAUAAUGAUUGCUGAAGUGCCAUCAGUAGCUGUUGAAACAGUUUAUUCAUUUAUGAAUACAUCAGUUAUACAGGAUGAGGUUUUGGCCCAUAGAAUCGGUUUAGUGCCAUUGAAAGUUGAUCCUGAUUCCUUGACAUGGGUGGAUAAAUCUGUUGAUGAAAACGAUCGUUAUACUGAAGAUAACACCAUUGUAUUGUCUUUGGAUGUUACAUGCACCAAGAACCCACAUGCACCAAAAAACUCCACCAACCCUAAUGAAUUGUAUCGAAAUAGCAAUGUUUAUGCCAAAGACUUGAAAUUUGAACCGCAAGGAAGUCAAUUGGAAAAGUAUAAAGACAAUCCAGUAGUGCCCACUGAUCCAAAUAUCCUCUUGGCUAAACUAAGACCAGGACAAGAGAUUUCAUUAAGAGCUCAUUGUAUAUUAGGUGUUGGUGCUGACCAUGCAAAAUUUUCCCCCGUAGCAACAGCAUCGUAUAGGUUGUUACCAGUGAUAGAUAUUAAAGAGCCAAUAACUGGUGAAUUGGCCAAAAAGUUUCAAAAAUGUUUCCCACCCGGUGUGAUUGAAAUCGAUUCAAAGGGAGAAGCAUACGUUGCUGAUGCAAGAAAAGAUACUGUGUCAAGAGAAGUAUUGAGGCAUCCUGAAUUCAAUGGCAAGGUAAAGUUGGGCAGACAAAGAGAUUACUUUAUUUUCCAAGUUGAAUCGACAGGAGCAAUGCCACCAGAAGAGAUUUUUUUCAAGUCGGUUAGAGUGUUGAAGAAUAAGGCUGAGUAUUUGAGAAAAUGUCCAAUCGGUCAAUAG